AUGUUUGUUUCCUCUCUUUUUCAACUGACUCCGCCUUUUUCUGCGUCUCUGACGGUGUCUGUCUGCUCUGUUCCGCUCAUUGCAUCACAGCCGCCCAUCUCAGUCUGCAACUGUUCUGCUCCAUAUUUUCAGCUUUCUAAAGUAGUUUAAUUUUCUUUUUUGUUAGUUUUAGUUUUGAAUUCAAUUGAAUCUAAUUAAAUUUAAAUGAUGAUGAAAUUUUGUAAAUUAUCAUUUUUAUUAAUUUUUUUUCUUUCCAGGGUUCAACAUGUCCGACAUCCCAGAAGGAGAUUACGAGAAGGGAAAGAAGGUGUUCAAGCAGCGAUGCUUGCAGUGCCACGUCGUCGACUCGAAGGCCACCAAGACUGGUCCCACCCUCCACGGUAUCAUCGGCAGAAAGUCCGGUACCGUUGAAGGAUUCGACUAUUCGGCCGCCAACAAGAACAAGGUAAUUUCAGAGAUCAGUUAGAAAUUAGAAUGUUGAAAUGCAUCGUCGAAAUUAAUAAUUUUUUUACUUUUCAUUUUUUUAAUUAUAAAUGUUCCAUGCUUAAAAAAAUCUGCCUUUCAUCUUUUUUUGAAAAAUUUUUUUCUUUAUUUUAUAAAAAAAUUUUAUCGUGAAAAUUUUUAUUCCGACGAUCAUUCAUUAGAAAAAAAUAGCUAUUUUCACCGGUAUUCAUAAAUAUAAAGUUUAGAGCUUUAGGGAAUUGGCUAAAAAAAAUUGGCAGAAUGACAAAAUUUCAUAAUUUUGAGCUCGUAAAACCACUUGAAGUGGGAUGGUGUACAUCGAUUUCGUUAUAUUUCUUGAUUUUUUUGAAAUCUUUGGGUAAUGAAGAAAUUUAAGAACUUACUACUCAACAAAAAGUCGACUUAUUUUGUAAACUUGCAAUUUUUCAAGCUUCACCUGUCUCCACUUUAUUUCUGUAGAAGUUUUUGAAAACAGAAUUAGAAAAACGUCAUUUUGCAUGUUUAGUUCUUCAUUCCCUUUGACUUAUUGUUUGUUGGAAUGAUCAGUGAAUCAAUGGAGAAUUUUCUUGUUUGUUUUGAAGAAAAGCAUCAAAGAUCGUUUCUACUGAUCUAGGCGGAACACAAAUGUUGAAGGAAACUGUUUGGAAAUCUUUAUAGUUUUUUUUAAUAUUUAGCUGUAUUGAAGUUUUGUUGGCGGGAAAUUGAACUUUUUGCGAAAUUUUAUCAAUUUUUUUCGAAUUCGUAGAAAGUUCAAAUAAAUUCAAACAAGCAAGGUCCCUAGUGUUUCGAAAAUGUUGACUUGUCUUUUCCUGGCGAUUUCUGAAGUUUCAUUCCAACUUCAUAUACAUUUUUUAAUGAAGAAAAAUUACUUUGAAUGUUAUUGAUCCUAGUUUUUCUUUCAAGUUAUCUUUCUAAAUUUUAAUUUUCCAGGGUGUGACCUGGUCUCGCGAGACUUUGUUCGAAUAUUUGCUCAACCCCAAGAAGUACAUCCCCGGAACGAAGAUGGUCUUCGCCGGUCUGAAGAAGGCUGACGAGCGAGCCGAUCUUAUCAAGUACAUCGAAGUCGAGUCUGCCAAGCCCGUCAGCGGUUAA